UUUUCAUUGUUUUGUCGCUCUUUUGCUGUCGUUUUAAACUUAAUCCGAUUGUCAGCACAAGUCAUGGAUGAGAUCAAGACUAAUGGCUCGACCGACACUCUGGCGAAAAGUAAAUCCUUUCGCACCGUUCAGGCGGUUCUUCUGCUUCUGCUGGUCAUUACGUUUCUGGUCUAUUUGGUGACUCUAAUCGCGGACAUCGUUGUGUUCAACAAACAAAUCGGUUUCCUCUUUCUCACAAUAAUCCUCGACAUUCUGGCGCUCACUAUCAUCGCGAUCGGCAUCCGAGGCGUCGCCCUCGAGAUCUUCUACUUCGUGGCGGCGUUCGCGAUGGUGGCGGCCGUCGUGACUGUGGGUCAGGCCACCACUUUCGCCUUCCGCUCCCCACUCCUCACCACAACCAACUUCCUGCUCGACCUCUCCAUCACUGGCCUCGGCUUCUGGUUCGCGUGGAUUCUCUAUCAGGAUCUGUUGAGCAGAGGCGGCGCCACUGUUAUUCCCAACAUCUGCAUCGUCAAGAAGGUGGAAGAGGAGGACGCGAAGACCGACGGCAAAGUGGACGCCAAAGACGAGACCAAAGAGACGAUCGCGAACUGA